ACGGGACCCGAGAAGUGGAAGAAUAAGUCUGGCACUAGCGCCAAGAACGGCAACAGGAAGUACCACCUCCAGCAACAGCCCACCUGACUCCCCACACUGCGUAAUCGCACGCGACGUGCUUGAAGCUCGCGACACGGCCCUCUAUCAUUUACCUUUGUUUAAGUAUCUUGGGUAGAUGCUAAAUAUCUCCGGCACCAGGUUCCUCGGACGACACGAUUGACACGAUGCAGAUUGAGCGCAAGGUCAAGCUCGUCACCGAGCAACGCAACAUCGACAAGCCGUCGCCCGUUGCCGACUUCCCCAUGAAGGAGUGGAGCAUCAAGGUCUACUUACUUGACGCCGAGGGCAACGAGCACCCCGCCAGCUGCUUUAAUAAAGUAGUGUACAACCUGCAUCCCUCCUUCGAGAACCCCAACCAGACCUUCACCGAGCCCCCCUUCAUCUGUAGAAAUGAGGGCUGGGGUGAGUUCGAGAUGUCCAUCGACAUGUUCACCAGCGAGAACCGCGGCAAGUCGACCAUCUUCCACGACCUCAACUUCCAGCGCGCCAAGUACGAGAAUGUCCACACCGUGACUUUUAAGAACCCCUCGCAGUCGCUGCUAUCGUUGCUUCGCGAGACUGGACCAGUCAAUGACCAAGACGACAAGGCCCCGAAGGCUCGCAAGGCCAACGAUGGCAAGAAGAGACGGGCGCAGUACGACAUGGAGAAGAUGGCCAAUGCCCUCCCCAAGCUUGGCGAGGACGAUCUCUUGCACGUCAUCCAGAUGAUUCACGACCACAAGUCGGACGAGACAUACACCAAGAACGACAUGGAGCAGGGUGAAUUCACUGUCGAUCUCUACACCAUGCCCGACAAUCUGGUCGGAAUGAUCUGGAGAUUUCUGCAGGAUCAAGAGGCCCUUGUUUAGGGACAACCGUGUGGCCUUUCACUCUUCUCGGCACAACCUAGCUGGAAGUGGAUGUUUCCGACGGUUCUCAGGUACUGCAUUGCAUUGGAGUUUGAUGGACACGAAAACUGGACGCACUUGCACCGCAGCACGUUCAAUCAUUGCCUCCUGCCAGGAACAUUGGUUGAUUAGGUGACUGGGGUAUUAACUGCGUCUUGAUUUGCUAGGGAUGGUUGCGUUGACUUUUUCGAGUUUGCAUCGGUAUCUGACGUCCUCUUCCAUCUCACGCGAGGAUCUUCCUUUGGUCAGGGAGACCAUUGGACAUAGCACUUGAAUUGGCACUGAUGAUGGCAAUGCGGAGUAAGGUUGCGUUUCUACUGCGUCGAUGCGCUUCGGGUUGUCUCUUCCGCCCGAGGAGACCAUAGGUAUAUGAAAAUAACAUACAUAUCGCUA